AUUCUUGUAAACCCAACCAGCAGGCCAAUGAAAUGGAGGGCUGUUGAUUGGUGUGUUGAGCUGAACAACCUGUUCAUGAAGGUGAAGAAUGGAGGGAAGGGCUCAAAACAUUCAGUUGAAUGCAUAAUCCUUGAAUCACCACUCAUUCAGGUCUAUCAAAAUCUCCAGGGAUUAGUACAACAAAAUUUCAGUCAUACACACCUAACAACCAGCCAUGCAGCACCAGACAUGAGAAAAACCUUCACAAAGAUCCAAGAACAACUAGUAUUAAAUUCACUGCAUGUAGUUUGUCUUGGCAGGAAAACUUGCCAUCAAGUGGAAGACCUAUAUGACAAAGGA